CCUGGAGAUGAAACUUUUCCUACAGAUGAGAAUGGCAAUUGGAUAUUUCACAAGACAAAUCUGUGUGCUACUUGGGAGGUGGAGUGCCAUCCAUAUUUCACCCAGACAAAACUCCUGGAAUUUUGCCAACAACAUGACAUUCUCAUAGUUGCAUUUACUCCUUUGGGGAUCUCUAAGAAUCGAGACUGGAUGAGUACUUAUUUCGAACCUUUGUUAGAGGAUGAACUUCUAAACUCAUUGGGGAAAAAGUACAAAAAGACUGCAGCUCAGGUUGCUUUGCGUUUCAACAUCCAGCGAGGGAUAGUUGUCAUUCCUAAAAGCUUUGAGCCUAAAAUGAUCAAAGAAAACUUUCAGAUCUUUGACUUUUCUCUCACUACAGAAGAAAUGAAGGCCAUCGAAACCUUGAAUAGAGAUGUCCGCUUACUGGAUCUGCUCAAGUGGUCUGGUCAUCCUGAAUAUCCAUUCCAUGAUGAAUACUGACUUCAGAGAGCUCCUGCACUUAUUUUUCCCUGUGUGUGUACCAUGACCUUUGGCUGGAUGCUCCCCCCACACGUGGAAGUGAAAAGGGUUUUACUAUCCUCAGAUGAAGUGGUGAUGGGCUUAACUUCUGAAUAAAAGAACUGACUUUGACUUAGAUAUGUUGAAGAAAAAAAAUGUUUAAAUCUGUUGAAAUAAUAGUUUGGAAUAAAAUAAUUAAAUUGUCAGCAAAGCCAUAAUGAUUUGGUGGUUGUGGGUUUCCAUCACUUUUUAUUCAUUUUACCCAGCUUUAGGGAUGGAUAACUGCUAGUUUUCUCUUGCACGCUGUAAAGGGAACAAGCUUCAACGUAACUGGUGAUCACACUUACUGCCUACCACUCCUGCUCCCAUGUAUCAUACAACCAGCAUUAUGCAAAAUGGCUUGAGACUAUCAACAUACACAAAUAAAACCCUGUAUUGUAAGACAGUCCGAAGAUAAUUAUUUUAA